AUGAAGAAAACAUUAGACAACACAUACAGGAAAAAGAAAACAUUUGACAACACGUACAUGAGAAAGAAAACAUUUGACUAUACAUACAGGAGAAAGAAAACAUUUGAAAACACCUACAUGAGAAAGAAAACAUUUGACUACACAUACGGGAGAAAGGAAACAUUUGACUACGCAUACAGGAGAAAGAAAACAUUUGACUACAGGAGAAAGAAAACAUUUGACUACACACACAGGAGAAGAAAACUUUUGACUACACAUACAGGAGAAAGAAAACAUUUGACAACACAUACAGGAGAAAGAAAACAUUUGACUAUACACACAGGAGAAAAAUAUUUUGAUAUGGAUAACAUACAAGUAGAAAUCAGUGAGAGAAACGCUUUAAAUGUGAUUAACCUGAACAGGCAUAUGGCAAUACAUACUGGAGAGAAACGCUUUAAAUGUGAUGUUUGUGAUUAUGCGUGUCGCAGCGGCAGUGAUCUGAAGAGGCAUAUGACAAUACAUACAGGAGAGAAACGCUUUAAAUGUGAUGUUUGUGAUUAUGCUGAUCUGAAAAGGCAUAUGACAAUACAUACAGAAGAGAAACGCUUUAAAUGUGACGUUUGUGAUUUUGCAUGUCAUCGUGGCAGUGGUCUGAAGAGGCAUAUGGCAAUACAUACAGAAGAGAAACGCUUUAAAUGUUAUUUUUGUGAUUAUGUGUGUCGCCUUAGUAGUGAUCUGAACAGGCAUAUGGCAAUACAUACAUGA